UCUCUCCCGCCCUCUCCAGAGUCGACUGAAGUUUCCGAGGAGACUUCUCAGGCUGGGCUGGACACACCUUUCCAAAGACCUCCAAACUCUGCUCCGUGCACCUCAAAUGCUCCUCUCCCUGUGUCCGACCCCCUCCCCCUCUCCUUAACUCCCCUCUUGUCAACAAGACUCGCCUCUCCCCGGGGGGUGAGCAUCCUUGAGGUUUCCCACCCUUAACUGCUCCGUCCCCGGAUGGAGCCAGAGAAAUGUGGUGGGGGGGCCGGGGCCAGAGUUUCAACAUUGCCCCCCAGAAGGAGGAGCCAGAGAUGGGGCUCUCUGGACCAAAAUCCGUCCAGGAAAGCAGGAUGCUGGAGCCCCGGAGUCGUCAGCCUAGCAGUUGCCUGGCCUCCAGCUGCCUCCCAGGGGAGCAGAUCCUAGCAUGGGCCCCGGGGGUGAGGAAGGGGCUGGAACCGGAAUUGUCUGGAACCCUGAUCUGUACCAACUUGAGGGUCACCUUCCAGCCCUGUGGAUGGCAGCGGAAUCAGGACACUCCCUUGAGCAGUGAAUAUGAUUUUGCCCUGGUCAACAUUGGGCGAUUGGAGGCUGUGAGCGGCUUGUCCCGAGUCCAGCUCCUCCGUCCAGGGUCCCUGCUUAAAUUUAUCCCUGAGGAGAUUCUGAUUCAUGGCCGAGACUUCCGGCUGCUCAGAGUUGCUUUUGAGGCUGGAGGCCUAGAGCCUCAGGCUUUUCAGGUGACCAUGGCCAUUGUCCAAGCCAGAGGUCGGAGCAGUCAAGCCCAGCAGUAUGUGGGGAUAACCCCGAGCAAGGCUGGCCAGGGUUCUGGCUCCAGAAAACCACCAAUUCCUCUCAUGGAGACAGCAGAAGACUGGGAGACUGAGCGGAAGAAGCAGGGAGCCAGAGGCUGGAGGGUGAGCACGGUCAACGAGAGGUUCGACGUAGCCACCAGCCUCCCCCGUUACUUCUGGGUCCCUAACCGGAUUCUGGACAGUGAGAUCAGGAGAGCAUUUGGCCACUUUCAUCAGGGCCGUGGACCGCGCUUGUCCUGGCAUCAACCUGGGGGCAGUGAUCUUCUCCGCUGCGGAGGCUUCUAUACAGCCAGCGACCCUAACAAGGAGGAUAUCAGAGCAGUGGAGUCGAUGCUCCAGGCUGGACAUUCGGAUGUUGUCCUGGUGGACAGUAUGGAUGAGCUGCCCAGCCUUGCAGAUGUCCAGCUUGCCCACCUGAGGCUGAGGGCCCUCUGCCUGCCUGAUUCAUCUGUAGCUGAGGAUAAAUGGCUUUCAGCCCUGGAAGGAACACGAUGGCUGGACUAUGUCAGGGCUUGCCUUCGAAAGGCCAGUGACAUUUCAGUAUUAGUGACAUCCAGGGUUCGUUCUGUAAUACUUCAAGAGCGCGGUGAUCGUGAUCUCAAUGGCCUCCUCUCUUCACUCGUCCAGCUGCUUUCAGCUCCUGAAGCCCGAACGCUGUUUGGCUUCCAGUCACUAGUGCAGCGAGAGUGGGUGGCAGCUGGACACCCCUUCCUGACUCGGCUUGGGGGAACUGGGGUCAGUGAAGAGUCCCCAGUGUUUCUCCUCUUCCUUGAUUGCGUCUGGCAGCUCCUCCAGCAGUUUCCAGCUGAUUUCGAAUUCUCUGAGUUUUUCCUUCUUGCUCUUCAUGACAGUGUCAGGGUUCCUGACACCCUUACCUUUCUGAGAAAUACCCCCUGGGAGCGCGGAAAGCAGAGCGGACAGUUAAACUCAUAUACACAAGUCUGCACUCCAGGAUACUCCCAGCCCCCAGCUGGGAGCUCUUUUCAUCCGCAGCUGUCUGUUUGGGACUGGGACUUACGCUACAGCAGUGCACAGAUACUACAAUUCCAGAAUCCUGGCUAUGAUCUGGAACACUGCCCAGAUUCCUGGCUCCCUAGAACGCAGCCGAGUUUCCUGGUUCCUGGACCCCCCAGUUCUGUGUGGCUCUUCUCUAGAGGGAUGUUGACCCCCUUGAAUCAGCUUUGUCCUUGGCGGGACAGUCCCUCCCUGCUGGCAGUCUCUUCUCGUUGGUUCCCUCGACCUGCUAUCUCCUCUGAAAGCCUGGCUGACCAGGAAUGGGGGCUCCCCUCACAUUGGGGAGCCUGCCCUUUACCUCCAGGGCUGCUGCUGCCUGGAUAUCUGGGACCUCAGAUCAGGCUCUGGAGACGUUGCUACCUGAGGGGAAGGCCUGAGGUCCAGACUGGCCUCUCAGCUCCCGUAAUCUCUGGCCUCCAGGAUGAGCUAGCCCAUCUUCAGGAGCUAUUACGGAAAUGGACACCAAGAAUAUCUCCCGAGGAUCACUCCGAGAAAAGAGAUACAAAUACCAUUCCCCUCAAUCCCAUGGAAAUUGCUGGAAUUCUCAAAGGCAGGGCAGGGGAGCAUCUGGGGUAGAGGAGGGUUCUGUUUAAUCCUUCCAUUGUUUUGGGCAGGGGGAUGGAGUCUUGCUCUGUCACCAGGCUAGAGUGCAGUGGCGCGAUCUCAGCGGAUCUCCUGCCUCAGCCUCCCGAGUAGCUGGGACUACAGGCACUCACCACCACACCCAGCUAAUUUUUGUAUUUUUAGUACCGACGGGAUUUCACCAUGUUGGCCAGGAUGGUUUUGAUCUCUUGACCUUGUGAUCCGCCUGCCUCGGUCUCCCAAAGUGCUGGGAUUACAGCCACUGUGCCAGGCCUUAAUCCUUUUUUUUUGUAUCUGGACUUGCAGCUGUCACACGCCAGCCGUUAAACAAGUUCACUAAGAAGAUGGGAGUUUCUGUUGCAGAUGGCGGUGUUAACCGCUCCGACCCUUGUCCUGUCUUGUUUGGUUCCUGCAGAUAUUUUUGUUUCUUGUGAUUUGAAGAAUUAAGAAACAAAAACAAUCCAGAAAAUGAUCGGUUCUUUUAAGCCAAUUCCAUCCCUUCUGGAUAACCAGAUGUUAAUUGUGAGAUUAGAGAUGCUGUUCAUUAGUCCCAACAACACGGCCCCGCCUUGCUGCUGCUUUAAUUCCAACUUCUGUUUCUUUCCUUACAGUUUUCUGAGAAUGAGGUGGAUACAGGAAACACCCUGUCUCCUCUGUGUAUUUUUGUAGUGGAAUUGCUAUUUAAGGGGUUCAUUAAAGCAUGGUAUUUAUACACA